CUGCAAUCCACACCCCAUCACAUUCAUCACAGCCCCGUCAUCUCAUCUCCUCUCCUCUGUCACACAAAGCCAUUGUUCCGUUCUCCCGUCCGGCGUGUCCGCGCUAGUUUUGUGUCCUGAGCCAUGGCUGCCAAGCUGACCCGCCUCCACAGCCUCAGGGAGCGCCUUGGUGCCACCUUCUCCUCCCAUCCCAAUGAGCUCAUUGCACUCUUCUCCAGGUAUGUUCACCAGGGCAAAGGCAUGCUUCAGCGCCACCAGCUGCUCGCUGAGUUUGACGCCCUAUUCGAAUCCGACAAGGAGAAGUAUGCUCCUUUUGAAGACAUCCUCCGUGCUGCCCAGGAAGCAAUUGUGCUGCCCCCAUGGGUUGCACUUGCCAUCAGGCCCAGGCCUGGUGUCUGGGACUACAUUCGGGUGAAUGUUAGCGAGUUGGCUGUGGAAGAGCUGACUGUUUCUGAGUACUUGGCAUUCAAGGAGCAGCUUGUUGAUGAGCAUGCCAGCGGCAAAUUUGUGCUCGAGCUUGAUUUUGAGCCUUUCAACGCCUCCUUCCCGCGCCCUUCCAUGUCCAAGUCCAUCGGAAACGGGGUGCAGUUCCUUAACCGUCACCUGUCUUCCAAGUUGUUCCAGGACAAGGAGAGCCUUUACCCACUGCUCAACUUCCUGAAAGCCCAUAACUACAAGGGCACGACAAUGAUGUUGAACGACAGAAUUCAGAGCCUUCGUGGUCUCCAGUCAGCCCUUAGGAAGGCAGAAGAGUAUCUAGUUAGCAUCCCUGAAGACACUCCCAGCUCUGAAUUCAACCACAGGUUCCAAGAGCUUGGUUUGGAGAAGGGUUGGGGUGACACCGCAAAGCGUGUACACGACACCAUCCAUUUGCUUCUGGACCUUCUUGAGGCCCCUGACCCGGCCAGCUUGGAGAAGUUCCUUGGAACUAUUCCGAUGAUGUUCAAUGUUGUCAUCCUGUCUCCCCAUGGAUACUUUGCUCAAUCCAAUGUGUUGGGAUACCCUGAUACCGGUGGCCAGGUUGUGUACAUCUUGGAUCAAGUCCGUGCUUUGGAGAAUGAGAUGCUUCUGAGGAUUAAGCAGCAAGGCCUUGACAUAACUCCUAAGAUCCUCAUCGUAACCAGGUUGUUGCCUGAUGCUGUUGGAACUACAUGUGGCCAGCGCCUGGAGAAGGUCAUUGGAACUGAGCACACUGACAUUCUUCGUGUUCCAUUUAGAACUGAGAACGGGAUCCUCCGUAAGUGGAUCUCGCGUUUCGAUGUCUGGCCAUACCUGGAGACAUACACCGAGGAUGUUGCAAACGAACUCAUGAGGGAAAUGCAGACCAAGCCUGAUUUGAUCAUUGGCAACUACAGUGAUGGUAACCUUGUGGCCACUCUGCUUGCCCAUAAAUUGGGUGUUACCCAGUGCACCAUUGCCCAUGCCUUGGAGAAAACCAAGUACCCCAACUCAGACAUAUACUUGGACAAAUUCGACAGCCAGUAUCACUUUUCAUGCCAGUUCACAGCUGACCUGAUUGCCAUGAACCACACUGAUUUCAUCAUUACCAGCACAUUCCAGGAAAUUGCUGGAAGCAAGGAUAGCGUGGGUCAAUAUGAGUCUCAUAUUGCUUUCACCCUCCCUGAUCUUUACCGGGUUGUCCAUGGGAUUGACGUGUUUGAUCCUAAGUUCAACAUCGUCUCUCCUGGAGCAGACAUGACUGUCUACUUCCCAUAUACCGAGACUGACAAGAGGCUCACCGCCUUCCACUCUGAAAUUGAGGAGCUCCUGUACAGCGAUGUUGAGAAUGAUGAACACAAAUUUGUGUUGAAGGACAGGAACAAGCCAAUCAUCUUUUCAAUGGCUCGUCUUGACCGCGUGAAGAACAUGACUGGCUUGGUUGAGAUGUACGGCAAGAACGCACAUCUGAAGGACUUGGCAAACCUUGUGAUUGUUGCUGGUGACCAUGGCAAGGAGUCCAAGGAUAGGGAGGAGCAGGCUGAGUUCAAGAGGAUGUACAGCCUCAUUGAGGAGUACAAGCUGAAAGGCCAUAUCCGUUGGAUCUCAGCUCAGAUGAACCGUGUUCGCAACGGCGAGCUGUACCGCUACAUCUGCGACACCAAGGGAGCAUUUGUGCAGCCUGCAUUCUAUGAAGCUUUUGGCCUGACUGUCAUUGAGGCCAUGACAUGUGGUCUGCCGACAAUUGCGACAUGCCACGGUGGCCCUGCUGAGAUCAUCGUGGAUGGAGUGUCUGGUCUGCACAUUGAUCCUUACCACAGCGACAAGGCCGCAGAUAUCUUGGUCAACUUCUUUGAGAAGAGCACGGCGGAUCCAAGCUACUGGGACAAAAUCUCCCAGGGAGGCCUGAAGAGAAUUUAUGAGAAGUACACCUGGAAGCUCUACUCAGAGAGGCUGAUGACCCUGACCGGUGUGUAUGGGUUCUGGAAGUACGUGAGCAACCUGGAGAGGCGCGAGACUCGCCGUUACCUGGAGAUGUUCUACGCUCUCAAGUACCGCAGCCUGGCUGCUGCAGUUCCAUUGGCGGUCGACGGCGAGAGCAGCGGCAACUAGCGCGGAUUCGGGGCAUGAAGAGGGCGCAUUCAUCGAGCAGGAGGGUGAAGUGUCGGCUGCGCUAUGAUUUGUCUACCGUAGUUUCCAUUUGGUCUGUCUGUCGUGGGGUGUGCGAUUUGAUGUCUCGGCACAUUCGUGAGGUCUUGGGCAGUGCUGCUUGCUGGUUCAUGCCAGCCGCCUCGAAUAAACGCCUGCCCGUGGUGUUCAUCUUUCAUCAGAGAGUUCAAUGCAAUGUUUCGUUGUCUGUCUCAA